GCAGCUCUGCCCUACCCAACCCAGCUGCUAAACUACACUGCUGCUGCUCCUAGCACGCUAAAGCGAGAGCAGCACCACGCUACACCAGUGGAGCAGGAGCACGCACGCUUGCCUUCUCUGCCGCGCGCGAGGGGGCCGGGCGCGCGCGUGUGGAGUAGAGAUGGGAAUCGGAGGAUCUUGAUCGUGUGUUGGUGUGUCGAAUGGCACGUACUACGUGUUGACAUGUACAACCCGGAGCAGCAGCAGCAGCCACCCCAGCAGCUCAUGGCGCCGCCACGGAUGUCCUUCUCCAGCGACUUCGCCCUGGAGCCUCCGCCGCCGUCGGGGCCACCAGGUCGCGCGGCGGCAGCGGACGCCGACUUCGAGUUCUCGCCGGUGGGCAGCCGCCCGAUGAUGGCCGCGGACCAGCUCUUCUCCAAGGGCCGCAUCCUGCCGCUGCGGGAGGCGGCGACCGGCGGCCGGCCGGUCACUCUCCGCGACGAGCUGCGCACGCAGGACUCCAAUGGCGACCGCGGCCGCCGCGCGCCCCGGUGGAAGGAGCUGUUUGGCCAGAAGAGGGCGCACAAGAAGGGCGCUGAGCGCGCCGUGGGAGCCGCGUCCGCCGACGCUCAUGUGGAUCUUGGAGACCAUGGAGAGUCAGGAGAGUCAACGAGCAAUUUGUCACUUGGUUAGUGAGGCAUAUAACUGGAGCAUGACAAGUAGUAACUACUCAAGCAAACUUUAGUUGAGUACAACUGUUUUUCACCGUUCACUUGUCUAACUUUUCAUCUUCUUGGUUGGGGGAGCAAGAAAUUUGAAGCCAUUCCUAUUUACCUCUUCCUUGGUUUGGUUGUUUCUGGAGUAAAAGAAGAUCUUGGACUUUUGGUGUGUCCC